CCAGAAAACAGGGCGACAGACUGAACGAGCCAUUUGCAGACCAAAGACCUGUUUUGAACUCUGCUUGUUAGAGACGAUGGUCGUUUCCGUUGCUUUUUUGGGUCUGCUGCUGGCCUCCCCUCCGCCCUCCAAGGCCGCGUGCAAGCCGAUAUGCACGGACAGGCCGGACGGCAGCCUUGUUCCCGAUCCAAACAAUUGCCACUAUUACUACAUCUGCCUCAUAGACGAAACAGGAACCACUCAGCCAACACCCGUCUCCUUCCCUUGCCCGGACGGUGAGGACUUCGACUCGCACAGCAACUCCUGCAGGAACCCGGGAUCCUCGAACUUCGAGUGCGACAAGUCCUGCUUCUCUUGCCGUUACUACUGCUACGAGAAGGCUAUCAUUGCCGACCCGUGGCAGUGCGGGACCUACUACCACUGUACCGACGGCAAUCCCAGCCAGGGCCUGCCGUGCCCAGCGGAGAAGCCCUUCUUCGACGGCGACACCUGCCAGACGGACGAGUCCAGGUGCUGCUCCUGCAUCUCGUACUGCUCCAGCGAAGACCUCCAGCGCCUGGUCGCCGACGUGAACGACUGCACCAGAUACUAUUACUGCAACCAGGUGGGGCCGGUCGAGGAAAAGUUCCACAGCCAGUGUCCUCUCGGGAACUUCGACGUCAUGCACCAGAGAUGCAGCGAGACCAUCUCCUGCUUCUCUCCUUGUCAACAAUAAACAACGAAUCUCCAUGACUUG